GUGUGUGUGUGUGUGUGUGUGUGUGUGUGUGUGUGUGUUCUUUUUCGAGGACUUGUCUCGUUACUGAUGGAGUGAAUAAAACCAAAAGCGACAGAGCUACAGUAGACUGCACGCACAUGCGCACGCACGCGCGCACAUACAAUGUGACGGGGAGCCGCACGCUGAAUUGGAGGGACAUGUGCAGGGAGACGCUUUGUGUUGUCACUAAUUAAAUGAUCGCAGAUCGGAGAGUGUUAACCUGAGAGAGAUGAAUUGAGGGUUUUCUUUAGCAACGGCGGGACGGACGGGUUUCUACCGGCGCGCCUCACAGCCAUGGCAUGGUUAUGCAUCUUAACUUUGGCCGUCAGUGUUCACGUUAACAAAGUACUGGCUGGGCCACGCUUCUCUCAGGAGCCAGCAGAUCAGUCGGUGGUGUUGGGGGAGCGAGUUGUACUCUCCUGUGUGGUGUUUAACUACACAGGCAUCGUCCAGUGGACCAAAGAUGGACUCGCUCUUGGCAUUGGAGAAGACCUUAGGGCAUGGCCACGUUAUCGUGUAUUAAGAAUCAUUGACGUGGGUCAGUAUAACCUGGAGAUUUCAUCAGCUGAGCUGUCAGAUGAUUCUCUGUAUGAGUGUCAAGCCACUGAAGCGGCUCUCCGAUCCAGAAGAGCUAAACUCACAGUCCUCAUUCCCCCAGAGGAUCCAGUAAUAGAAGGUGCUCCAGAGAUUUUGUUGACAGCAGGAAUCUCAUACAACCUGACAUGUGUGUCCCGAGGGGCCAAACCACUCUCCACCAUAGAGUGGUACAAGGAUGGAGUUAUAGUGGAAGGAGCUCAUACUAGCACUGAGGUUUUACCUGACAGGAAGCGAGUAACCACACGCAGUUUCCUGCCUAUUCAGCCAGUAGACACGGACACUGGACACAACUUCACCUGUAUUGCCUCCAAUCUGGCUGUGCCACUGGGAAAACGAGCCAGCGUCACACUCAAUGUGCACCAUGCUCCAACAGUUUUAUUAUCGAUUGAGCCUCGUUCAGUUCUAGAGGGAGAAAGAGUAACAUUUACAUGCCAAGCUACAGCCAACCCACCUAUCAUGGGAUACAGGUGGGCUAAAGGUGGAGUAAUCCUGGAGGGAGCGAGGGAGAGUGUGUUCGUGACUACUGCAGAUCACUCAUUCUUCACUGAGCCUGUUUCAUGCCAGGUGUUCAACGCUGUGGGCAGCACCAAUGUCAGCAUAUUGGUGGAUGUACACUUUGGUCCAAUCCUGGUAGUGGAACCAAGGCCUGUGACGGUGGAUGUGGACUCUGAUGUUACACUGAACUGUAAAUGGGCAGGAAAUCCUCCUCUUACUCUCACCUGGACAAAAAAGGGCUCCAGCAUGGUUCUCAGUAAUAAUAAUCAGUUGUAUUUGAAGUCAGUAAGUCAGGCUGAUGCAGGACAGUAUGUGUGUAAAGCCAUCGUACCCAGGAUUGGGGUUGGGGAGACAGAGGUCACACUGACUGUCAAUGGUCCACCAAUUAUUUCAAGUGAACCAGUUCAGUAUGCUGUAAGAGGUGAGAAGGGUGAUAUCAAAUGCUACAUUGCGAGCACACCUCCUCCUGACAAAAUUGUAUGGGCCUGGAAGGAGAACGUGUGGGAGAAAGACAGAGGCACUCUCUCUGAGAGGUACACAGUAGAGCAGAGCAAGCCAGCAUCAGAAGGGGGUGCUGUGCUCUCCACCCUCACCAUAAAUAAUGUGAUAGAGUCAGACUUUCAAUCUACAUACAACUGCACGGCCUGGAACUCAUUUGGACCUGGCACCAUGAUCAUUACACUGGCAGAGAGAGACAUUGUCCCUGUGGGUAUAAUAGCUGGUGGAAUAGUCGGUUCCUCCAUACUGCUGAUUCUGUUCUUGCUUGCCCUGGCCUUCUACUUCUACCGGCAACGAAAAGCCAGUCGUCGGGGGGUUGCAUUGAAGCCUGAUAUCAAAGUCGAGACAGUAAACAAGGAGACCCCAAGCCUAGAGGAAGAUACAGCAGUUGUCUCUACAGCAUCUCGCAUGUUUCUUCCCUCUGUCUCCCUCUCUCCCUCCACUCAGCCUUUCAAAGAGGAAACGGACCUGAAGCAUGACACACGCAGUGAAACACUGGAGACCAAGGAGGAUUAUGAGCUGAAGGACCCAACAAAUGGCUAUUACAAUGUGAGAGCAACGACCCAUGAUGAAGGGCGCUCCACGGCCCGCUACCAGGAAUUCCGCCCACCAAAUCCAGCUUCAGUCUCCACUUCUGCAGCAAGCUCAGCACCCAAUAUUAAUCCUGCUCCCAUUGGCCGCUAUGAACCACGCCCACCAUCUCGGAUUACACACAACACGUACGCCCACUUCAGCACCAUUGCCAGGACCAAACAAGGUCAGGGUCCACCCAAAGCAGCACUUCAGACCACAGACUAUUCCAGAGAAUGUGGACUCCUGGAAUCAACCAAUCAGCUCACUUAUGAUACGUAUGGAUACCAAAACACUGCGCAAUAUGCUCAGUACAGGCUUGGCUUUGCUCCACCACUUGAGGAAGGACCAGCGUAUGAGAUGUUUCCAACAGGACAGGGGCCAAGUCAAGGUGUAGGGCCAGAUGCUGGACUGGGGAAGUAUGGGAGCUCAACACGUUUCUCCUAUUCUUCUCCACCUACAGAAUACUCUCAGAGACACACGCAGAGGAUGCAAACACAUGUAUGAGAGUGGAACAGGACACCCAUAUUGGACUUAAAAUUGUGGUUAAUCAAAAGCUAGAUUCACAGAUUAGUGUAGCUAUCUCACGGUCACACAUACUGUACACACACAGACGUGUCCACACACAUUGUAUUUUGUACUGUAAUGUCUUCAUUGUGUGCCAUCAAUACAGUGCCAAACCAAGAUUAAAUAUGAAAUGCAAAGAUAAAAUAUAGAAAGGUUAAAGGGAUACAUUCACUACUUCUUAUCCAUUUAUAUAUUCUCUCCUCUAUUAUCCCUUUAUCCUAUUUCUCUUUUCCUGUCACCAUUUGUAAAUAUAUCUGAAAGAAGCAUUAACAAAGAUUGUUUCCUGAAGUAAAUACCUGCCCUAGUAUAUUAAGUUGGAUAACUGAGAAUAAGCUAUGGGAUUGUCCAUUUAAACCCAACUGUUUCCUAUGGGAAUCUGCAGAUGGCAACAGUUGAGAAACAUCUCCAGCAUCAAUUAAUCCAGUCUGUGACACAGGAUAAUAUGAAGGACAGUUUAUAUGUGUAUAUGCUCUACCAUGCAAAGUGUCAUUUGUAUCAUACUUGCAAGAGUUGCUGAAUGCCAUGAAAUAGUCAACAUUUAGAUUUUUGCUUGAAGGAAAAAGUGACUCAAGCCACUGUUCAUGGCAGCCCAUAAACUGGUGAUGGAAGCCUAUAUCAUUUAUAGUCAUUUUGUCUUAACAGUGCAUUAAUAACUGGCAGCUAUUGUAAAAAAAAAAAAAAAAAAAUAGAAUUUUCUAAAAACUCAUUAGUAGGUUCCUUGUACCCAGACAAACGUAAUUGGCUUAUUCCAGCUAUAUGAAUACAUUAAAUCAGCAUUGGCACUUUCUUACGAAGGGAUUUGUGUAGUGUUGUGGGGAAAAACUGCACAGUACUCAAUUUUAGGCCCUAAAAAGUUUUUUAACAAACUUAAAGGACACAUUACAAAUGUGUGAACAACAGUUUGGCUCCACUAUUUCUGGAAAAAAGGCAGAUAAAAGCCUGUAUUUAUAAACCUUUGUGACUGCACUUUUUCUCAUUUUGUCUCUAAUGUAUUAGUACAUUUAGAAUUCUAAGGUAUAACUCUAAACUUCCAAGGUAAUUAAUUAUUGUACUUAAUUUUAUGAAUUAUUUCAUUAAACAUGUAAUAUAAAUCACACUUUUCAUAAUAAUGCCCUCUGGUUUACAGCAUUACUGCCCUGACUGAUUGUGUGCUGUGUAUAUCUAUAACUCACCUUCACUAUUCAUUAAACAACAGGACUAAUAUUAAGUAUACAUGUACGUUCACAGCUAAACAUUAUUUCUAUUCAAUUCUAUUCAAUUAAAUUAUAUUAUAUUAAGUUACAGCUGCUAUGUUCAUGUAGGUAUGUUUACAGUUUAAGUAUUUGUCAUUCAAAGCAUUAUUCUAUCUAAAUUACACAAAUAAUUAUAAGUACAAUCACAAAGCUUUAUACAUUCAGGCUUUAUAUAAAGUGUUACUGAAAGAAAUUUUGCUUUGAUGCUUUUUCAUACCUUGUCCUCAAAUAGUACCAAAAAAAAGAAGAAGAAGUAGAAGAGGUGGAGACCUCCUUUCCAUGAAAUUGUUUGCUACUUUAAUGUGUAUGUGUGGGUGAGCACACAAUCUCAUAAAUGUGGGGAUGUUCCACAGGGGAACAAUUGAACCUUUUCUAUUUGUACAGUCCUCUUGUCUUAUACAACAUAUUUGCCCCUACAAAGUAGAAGAGCGCUUUUUCCACAUUUGUAUCUGAACUUGAACAGAACUUAAUCAGAACAUGGCAUUUGAAAGCAUUUUUAUAUAUUUUUAUACAAAAGAAAAAAGAAGUCAGACCAACAGUUCAGAAAAUGUGUGGAAAGGCUUUUGUUUCAAAGUCAUUGUUGAUGUGAGUAAUUUGUACUUAGAGUUCCAUUACCAGAUAGUGUCCAAUGAAUUUUGACAAAAUGUUCAUUUUGAACAUUGAAAAAAAUUCUCACUAUAAACUUAUUUAUUACAUUAAAUGUAGCUACGUUACAGUGUGCCAUUACAUUUUCUUUCCAGAUUUGGUGGAUUUUUAUAGCAUCAUUUGUACCAAUUUUGUACCAUCUGGAUGAAAGAUGAAACAUGCAAAAUUAACUAGGCCAGACUUUACCAACAGACAUUACUUAGAUAUUAAUUAGUAAUCGGUUUCCUGAUGCACAAUGAGGUAGAAUUUUAAAAAUUGUCUUCCCAAUAGAUUGUCAUUGCAGGACAGAUUUACUAAACAGAAUGGAGGCUUAUAAUUAACCAAAUAAUUGGCUUCAAGAAGUGAAUAAAUGCCUUGUGAUGGACAGGCAGCCCUUUGGGAUGAAUUUUCCCACUUUGCUCCAGGUCUUGCUGGAAUUGGCUCCAGACCCAUCACAAUCCUAUUCAAAAUACAGUGGUUACUGGAGAUAAAAGAAUGAAUGAAUAAAAGUGAAUAAUACAACUGAAAUUCUUUUAGUAGGAAGUUCUGGUUAGCAAUGAAAUGAUUCAAUAAAUUCACUCUCUUUAGCAGUAUGAAAUACCAUUUUGUAUUUAAUGCCACAAACAUAGAUAUCACAUUAUCAGUCAGUCUCUUUUCUCCACAAAUAUAAUGGAUGAUCAGUGAAAGAAUGUGCAAUACUCUUCAUUGAUGUGUGUCAUAGCGUAAAUGUCACCCACUCUCCUAAUUACUGUAUCUAUCUUACUCCUGUUAAAAGCCUCUUUAGUAUUAUUGUGUUUAUAUUGGGUAUUUACUUGUUCUUGUGAAUUUCAUAAUUUUAUUCAUCUUUUAAUUGUAUACAAAAAUCUAAAUUUAUAUUAUUCAUAUUUGUCUUAAUCCCUAAUUUUAUUUUACACAAGAUUUUUUAUUGUGUGAUUAUUUUUCCAUAUUAUUGAAUAAAUACACUUUUCAUAGUAA